GCGUAAGUGGGGUUACUCCACGUGGCAUCUUGACGCAACGGCACGUCGGGGCAAGGAGUUGAAAGUUUAGAUUGUAUUGAGAGUGCGCGAGUUCUGGGGGCGGCUUUCACGACAUAAUAUUUCACACAUAAACUAAUGAUGGCGAUGCAGGCGGCAAUCAUGCAGGAUGAAGUGGCUGCUGGUCUGUUGGAAGAGGAGGAGGCGCCGCUGGAGGUGGUGAGGAUGCACAAACGACAGAUGGAGGAGCUCUAUGAUGUGCUUACUCACCGUCAACAGGAUUUAUCAGCGGAGCUUUUAGAUGAGGGGGAGGAAGUGCUCAACGGAUGGGACGAGGAGAUCCGCGCGAAUUUUUCUCUUCAACUAUUGAGUAUUACCGAGAGAGCACAGGCGACAGCUGAGAUGGGCGAUCGUGCUGAGAUGAUAAGGAAAUUGAGAGGAGUUUUCGUAGAGCUUUGGGAGGGGCUGCAUGUGAAGACGACAUGUGGAGGUUCGCAACAGGGUAGCUGUGUGGGGCUUGWGGAGGGGCAAGUGCCUGGCRCUACRACGYGGRAUCGCUUGCAUGCAAKCGAUGACGUGGGUGUUCCAAUUGCUCUUUCRAACAACGAGCUCGGAAUUAGHCGCGAGGAGCCUGAGGAGAGGCAGGUUUGUUGUGGUGAACUGGAGGCGCGUUCGCUUGUGGAUGUCGAAGAGUGCUCUCGGGGCGGAGGGGGGAUUGCGGUUUUGUGCGAUGAUAACAACAGCAGCAACAACAACAACAACAACAACAACAACAACAACAACGACAACAACAACGACAACAACGGAGAGCUGCACUUUUGUGUGGUCAGGUGCGAGGAAAACAACAAUAACAACAGCACCAACAAUAACAACAACGACAAUCGCGCCGGUAUUGAAGGUGAUUGGUGUGGGGAGGGUGUUGACAACAAAGCAGCCAACGAAAACAACAUUAGCAGUGACGAUUGCAGUAACAACAACAACAUUGGCAACCACCAUAAUACCGGCGAAGAAGGUGAGCUCCGUGCAUGUUUCUGCGACGGCCAAGUUGUAAGCAAUGGAAGUCAUAGUAAUGAUUUCGGGGGGGGUAUGCCCGUUGCUAUAUGCGGGAGAGGUGAGCUUCUUGGAGGGGGGUCGUCUUUGGGCAUGUUUACAAUGAUUCGGGGCUCAUCGACUGUGCGGAACGUCAUUCUGCUUCGUUCAUGGGAUCCGGGUGGGGUUGGGUGGUGAACGACUGGAGCAGCGCCGCAGGGGAUGCAUGAUAGCGAGAACAUGCUUCUAUCGC